GUGCCAUGACUGCGGAGCUAUUCUCGAAGAAUAUGAUGAGGAAACACUAGGCCUGGCCAUAGUUGUGCUCUCAACCUUCAUUCACCUUAGUCCAGACUUGGCUGCUCCUCUGCUGUUGGAUAUCAUGCAGUCUGUAGGAAGGUUGGCAUCAAGUACCAGUUUUUCUAAUCAAGCAGAAAGCAUGAUGAUCCCAGGAAAUGCUGCAGGUGUGGCCAAGCAGUUUCUCCGUUGUGUGUUCCAUCAGCUGGCUCCCAACGGCAUCUUCCCCCAGCUCUUCCAGAGCAAUAUUAAAGAUGGAAGUUUUUUACGAACCUUGGCCACAUCUCUUAUGGACUUCAGUGAGCUGAGUUCCGUUGCUGCUCUGAGCCAGCUGUUAGAGGGUUUAAAUAACAAAAAGAAUUUACCAGCAGGGGGAGCAAUGCUACGCUGUUUGGAAAAUAUUGCUACCUUUAUGGAAGCCUUGCCGAUGGAUUCGCCCAGCAACCUCUGGACCACAAUUAGUAAUCAGUUUCAGACCUUCCUUACUAAACUCCCGUGUGUUUUGCCACUUAAGUGUUCUUUAGAUUCUAGUUUAAGAAUCAUGAUUUGCUUGUUGAAGAUACCCGCCACUAGUGCCACCAGGAGUCUUCUGGAGCCUUUUUCAAAAUUACUAAGCUUUGUAAUUCAGAAUGCUGUCUUCACUUUGGCCUACCUGGUGGAACUGUGUGGUUUAUGCUACCGAGCCUUCACUAAGGAAAGGGACAAAUUCUACUUGACGCGCAGUGUCAUAUUGGAGUUACUGCAAGCACUGAAGUUGAAGUCACCCUUACCAGACAUGAAUCUGCUACUGUUGGUGCAGUUUGUUUGUGCAGAUGCUGGAACAAAACUAGCUGAGUCUACAAUCUUGCAUAAACAGAUGAUUGCCUCUAUGCCUGGAUGUGGAACAGCAGCAAUGGAAUGCAUGAGGCAAUAUGUUGGGGAGGUGCUGGAUUUCAUUGCAGAUAUGCAUACAUUAACCAAAUUAAAGAGUCACAUGAAGACUUGUUCUCAGCCACUGCACGAAGAUACAUUUGGUGGACAUCUGAAAGUUGGUUUAGCUCAGAUUGCAGCUAUGGAAAUCACGCGGGGAAACCACAGAGACAACAAAGCUGUGAUCCGUUAUUUGCCUUGGCUUUACCAUCCUCCUUCUGCAAUGCAACAAGGGCCCAAAGAGUUCAUAGAAUGUGUCUCACACAUUCGUUUGCUGUCGUGGCUACUCCUGGGGUCUCUGACACACAAUGUUGUCUGUCCAAAUUCGCCAUCACCUUGCAUGCCUAUUCCACUGGAUGCGGGUUCACAAAUUGCUGACCACCUUAUUGUUAUUCUGAUUGGGUUUCCAGAGCAAUCAAAGACAUCUGUUCUGCACAUGUGUUCCCUCUUCCAUGCAUUUAUAUUUGCUCAGCUCUGGACAGUGUAUUGUGAACAAACAGCAGUAGCUCCAACGGUCCAGAAUCAGAAUGAAUUUAGCUUUACAGCAAUCCUUACAGCCCUGGAGUUCUGGAGCCGAGUGACACCUAGCAUCCUACAGCUAAUGGCACAUAACAAAGUGAUGGUGGAAAUGGUGUGCCUGCAUGUGAUUAGUUUAAUGGAGGCUUUACAGGAAUGCAACUCUACUAUCUUUGUAAAGCUCAUACCAAUGUGGUUGCCAAUGAUACAGUCAAAUCUAAAGCAUUUAUCUGCCGGACUCCAGCUACGCCUCCAAGCCAUCCAGAGCAAUGUCAACCAUCACAGCCUGAGGAUGUUACAGGGGUCAGGACAAAUGAACAAUAGCUCAUCUGUGCUCCGCAAAUGGCUACAGUGUACCCAAUUUAAAAUGGCUCAAGUGGAAAUUCAGUCAUCUGAAGCUGCAUCUCAAUUUUAUCCUUUAUGAUUCAUGUAAUUUUUUCCAAAUGUUCAUUUUUAGCCUAGCAAUAACAGGGUGAGAGCUGUAAAGGACCUUUUGUAUAAAUCAGUAUAAAGAGUAUAUACUGUAUCUAUACUUUUUAGCCUAGGACAGAUUGUGGAAAAGCUUACAAUGGGUGAAGCGAAGAGCCUGAUCCUGACGAUCUUUAAUUAUGCUUUCUCAGGAUCAACAGGUUCUCAAGUCUGCAUUCACGAACAUGUAUUUGCAGGAUUGUACUUAAAUCUAUCACACUGUACAUGUCUCUCUGAUCAUUGAAAUAUCUUGUUCUUGAAUGUUUCUUUACAUUAUUUUUGAAGCUAAGACAAAUAUC